CGCUCGUGCCUCCACAGAACAUCUCCCGAGCGCUGCCCAAGGCUGACCGAGGCGGGGCACCAAGACAGGGACUCCCACUUGCGCACAAGGUUGAGUCUUGCCUCCUGACCUGAUCCUCCUGGAGAAGUGACCCCUGAGAGCCUGGGCACUGGUGCAGCCUCUUUCUAUGACUCCAUCUGGAUUUGGCUGGCUGUGGGAACGAGCUCUGAGGGGCUGCCCGGGUCUCGGGGUGGUGGCAGCAGCCAGCUCUCCAGCCACCAUGGCAAAUGCCAGGAACUGAGGGGACGGUCGCUGCAGCCUCACUGGAGGCCCUCAGGACGCGAUGGAGAACAAAGCCAUGUACCUGCACGCCACCGUGAGCGACCGGGACUCUGGCUCCAUCUUUGAGGAGCCCUUUGAUGGCAGGAGCCUGUCCAAGCUGAACCUGUGUGAGGACGGUCCGUGCCACAAAGGACGGGCGGGUGGCUGCUGCACCCAGCUGGGCUCCCUGUCGGCCCUGAAGCACGCAGUCCUUGGGCUCUACCUGCUGGUCUUCCUGAUUCUUGUGGGCAUCUUCAUCUUAGCAGUGUCCAGGCCCCGGAGCUCCCCGGACGACCUGAAGGCGCUGACUCGGAACGUGAACCGGCUGAACGAGAGCUUCCGGGACUUGCAGUUGCGGCUGCUGCAGGCCCCGCUGCAGGCCGAGCUGAGCGAGCAGGUGUGGAAGGCGCAGGACGCGCUGCAGAACCAGUCGGACUCGCUGCUGGCGCUGGCGGGCGCGGUGCAGCGGCUGGAGGGCGCGCUGUGGGGACUCCAGGCGCAGGCGACGCAGAGCGAGCAGGCGGUGGCUUUGCUGCGCGACCGCACGGCUCAGCAGAUAGACGCGGCGCAACUGGAGCUCUACCAGCUGCAGGUGGAGAGCAACCGCAGCCAGCUGCUGCUGCGGCGCCACGCCGGCCUGCUGGACGGGCUGGCGCGCCGGGUGGGCGCCCUGGGCGACGAGCUGGCCGACGUGGGCGGCGCCCUGCGUGGCCUCAACCUCAGCCUGUCUUACGACGUGGCCCUGCAGGGCACGUGGCUGCGGGACCUGCAGGUGCUGGUGAGCAACGCCAGCGAGGACGCGCGCCGCAUGCGCCUCGUGCACCGGAGCCUGGAGCUGCAGCUCAAGCAGGAGCUGGCCGUGCUCAACAGCGUCACCGAGGACCUGCGCCUCAAGGACUGGGAGCACUCGAUCGCGCUGCGCAACAUCUCCCUGGCCAAAGGACCACCGGGCCCCAAAGGCGAUCAGGGGGAUGAAGGGAAAGAAGGCAAGCCUGGAAUCCCUGGAUUACCUGGACUUCGAGGUCUGCCAGGGGAGAGAGGGACCCCAGGACUGCCCGGCCCCAAGGGCGACGAAGGGAAGCUGGGAGCCAUGGGACCGAUGGGCAUGCGUGGGUUCAAAGGUGACCGAGGCCCAAAAGGAGAAAAAGGAGAGAAAGGAGACAGAACAGGGGAUGCCAGUGGCAUGGAGGCCUUGAUGGUCCGGCUGGUGAACGGCUCGGGCCCACACCAGGGCCGCGUGGAGGUGUACCACGAGCGGCGCUGGGGCACCGUGUGCGACGACGGCUGGGACAGGAAGGACGGGGACGUGGUGUGCCGCAUGCUGGGCUUCCCCAGCGCCGAGGACGUGCACCGGACGGCUCAGUUCGGACAAGGCACAGGGAGGAUUUGGAUGGAUGAUGUCGCCUGCAAGGGCACGGAGGAGAGCAUCUUCCGCUGCAGCUUCUCCAAAUGGGGGGUGACAAACUGCGGACACGCUGAGGAUGCUGGAGUGACAUGCAAGAGACACUGACAGUGGGCACAGCCCAAGGUCCGGACCCAGCUGCCAAGCCUCCUUCCUGCAUUCCUGGGGUGGGGGCAUCGCUCGGGGCUCCCCUGACCAUGCCUCCCCGCCCAGCACCCCCAGACCCCCGGAUUCCCAUCCCAGGACCCAUGGUGGCCUGUCAUCCUCCUCCCCUUGGACAUCUUUUCCAAAGCACAACUCUGGGAUCUACUGCCUGUCUCUCCCUUCCAUCAGGGUUCCUGCAUGGAGCCCUGGUCAACUGGAUUGCCAUUUUGUUGAGUCUUCUAAACACCAUGUAUCAGGCCUCCGUAUCCAUGUUCUCUGUGGUCUGUGAGUUACAGAUAAAUGUUGGCCACAAAGGCAUCCGUGAAGAUGGGAGGGAGGCAUCCCAGAUCGUUUACUCUGCAGAUCAUUCCCAAACCUCAGGCCAAGAGUUUGGACCAGCCAGAGACAAUACUGAGUGAUUC